UUUCUCUUUGUUAGUUUUUUCUGGUUAUUAAGUCAUUCUUUUUUCAUAACGUAAGGGGUGAGAGGAGGUGUCAAAAAUGAGACAAGGUUUCUGACGGUGACGACCUCCCCAUGAGGACACGCCUCUCGCAAAGGAUCUCCUUCAUCCCUCUCCAGAAGAGGAGAAGAGGAAACACAAGAAGCAGCACCUGGUGCAGAGCCCCAAUUCCUAUUUCAUGGAUGUGAAAAGCCCAGGAUGCUAUAAAAUCACCACCGUCUUUAGCCAUGCACAGACAGUAGUUUUGUGUGUUGGCUGCUCUACUGUCCUCUGCCAGCCUACAGGAGGAAAAGCAAGGCUUACCAAAGGGUGCUCCUUCAGGCGGAAGCAGCACUAAAAGCCCCUGGAAUCAAGAUGAAUGGGAAACCAUCCCAAUAAACAGAUUUUGG